AUGGGGUCCGAACUGGGGGUCACUGCCGCAUCCACGCCCCAGCCAGCCUAUACUCCGGUCAGUAUAUGGUGGACCUGCUGGGCGGGCACCUGGACGGUUAUUGUUGCGUCUGGCGUGGCCUAUCUCAUCGCCCAUCGCAACACGCCUCCCCUCCUGCUGCGGGGCCUCGGGCUGUCGCUGUCCGCCGUUGUUAUGCUUCAUGUUUAUUGGGCUUCAGUGCAAUUCGGAACCAUGAUUGGUACCAUCAUGCCCGGAGAUGCCGAGUACUGGAUCAUGGGCACCUAUCUACCGUGUGGCAUUGCCCUGUUCCACGCGUCGAACAGUCGCUUCUACCACGUGGCAAAGCUCCAGAAAGGCUAUAUCAUUCGUAGUAGUGGCGGGAAUGAUUUAUCCUCCACCUCGAGGGGCAAGCUCGGUGCCGUAGACCGGUUCCAUCGCCUUGCAUACACUACCAAGAUCCCCGUGUUUGUUACGGUGGCGUCGCUCGUUCAGGUAUUUCUCACGAUCUUGAUGUGGCUCAUCUCUCGCAAAUGGCAUCGUACUUGGGGGAUUCCAGGCACCGAGGUCCAUGGAACCGAGAUGCAGCAAAAGUCGGCAAUGGGCCGGGGCUGGGAGUGGUGGCCUGGCGUGUUGGGACAAACUCUUGGCUCCAGCUCCAGCUCUCGGGAUAGCAUAUUCACCAAGCGUGCGCUUGAAUGUGUCUUGGCGCGCAAUCCUGCCCCGCUGCAGGAUUUCUCCGCCCAUCGCGACUUUUCCGGAGAGAACAUAGCUUUCCUGACCCGAGUGGCAGAAUGGAAGAGCUCGCUGCCCCAUGCGGUCUGGGAUAGCAGGAUUUUAGACUAUGGAGAUCUUACCGACUUGAUUCGGGAGCAGUUUCACCGCGCGCUGUGUAUUUACACGACGUUCAUCAGUAAUCGCCAUGCGCAGGUUCCGAUCAACAUCUCUUCGCAGGACCGGAAGGAGCUGGAGAACGUCUUCGAGCGCCCUGCUGGGCUUCUCUUCGGAGACGGGCGCCCGGCGAAUCCCGCCGUUCCGUUCGAUUCGCCAGGCUAUGGUCCCACGCCCUCAGCGUCUCCGAUCGCCUCCAUCAAGGCCGAGUCCGGUUCGCUAUUCGCCGACAAUGGCCAGGUGCAAUACUGGGGCGAGAUUCCCCAGACAUUCAAUGCGACGGUCUUUGACCGAGCCGAGGAGAGCAUCAAGGAUCUCGUCCUCACCAACACGUGGCCUAAGUUUGUUCGAAGUUGCGGCAUCGCAGCUGAGGUUGCUUUGCUGGCGGAAAGCUAG